AUGGAUAAAUCAAAUCAUGUAAAAUGCUUGGAACUCAUUAUACACGAUUAUUCGCACUGUCUGGCAGCAAAGGAACUAUCUGAUGACACUAUAGUAGUUGCAACUUUGGUGUCUUCAAGGAUCGCUGUCAUCACGAACUGCUUUUUGGACUUCCAAAAAACACGUGAAGAAUUACACAACCAGCUUAUCGAUGGCAUGUGCAGCAUUCUAGACGGCUUUAAUCGCGUCGCUAUUUCUCCUCCAUCAAAUCUUCGCUACCCCCCGUUCAUCGAACCAGCAUACAAAUGGCUGCUUGCUCAUAUUCAUAACCCUUACCCGUCUUCUGAUACAAAAGCAAAUAUUGUUAGCAGCUCUGGAUGUUUCACGAAUUCCGUUUCUGCCUGGUUCAUCAGUGCUCGCCGUCGCAUCGGUUGGACGACGAUUUGUCGCAAACAUUUUAACAACUGCCGAGCUGACACUGUUGAUGCUGCUUAUCGUGCUCUAAUCAAAGAAGACCCUUCUCGUGUUCUUGCACCCGCGAUCUUCCACGACUUCCAGCAGAUGAAGGCAGCUACACAGGAUCUCUAUGCCUCCACUUUCACUAGAAGUGCGCUUGCAGGUGACCUUGAUGUAAGGAGGACAGAUUUCGAUUGGAACGGGAGAAGAAAAGAGCGGGCACAAGAGGAAAAGACACGACGCGAGGAAGAGAAGAAGAUGCGUAGAAUUCAAAGAGCGCUUGAUAGGCAGGCCCAGAAGGCGCGCAUAGCUUUUGCUUCGUAUCCAUCCCCAAGGCACUCGCGCUCUCCGUCUCCCGUUCCCACUCUCGAAGCAUGCACAGACGAGAGUGAAGAUGAAGAAGAUUUUAUCCCACCCGUUCUCGCUGGUCGGAAGCGGCGUGCCUCUGUAUCAUCUGAAUCAACUGAUCAUAGGCAAUCUUUAUGUGCAGAUCGUCCGAUGAAGCGCCUUCGGUCUAGUGCAAAGGUCCCGACCUCCUUUGCGAAUGAUUCCGCCUUACCAUCGCCACCAUCAAGUAGCGGUGGACUCGAUGGGACUGAUGAGGUCCAAAUUAUUGCACCUCAGCAAUCUUCAGGGUCUUCACGAAAGCGACGGCUAUCAGACGCUGAUGCUCACGUCGUGCCCAAGCUUCCGAGAGACCUCCAUCUUGGACCCCGCAUUCAUGCUGUAUCUGACCCUCUUCCGAAGGCAUCCAUCGCACUUGAAUCAAACAUCGACGACUGGUUCCAGACGAAUUUCUUCGAGAUUCCUGGUCCAGUCGAGAACGUCGGGUUCGAUCAGUUUACCCCCAUUGACAUUGAAGUAUUCAACGGAUACACGUUUCCUGACACGCAAAUAAAUUCCAUUGAACAACCCUUGCAACAAAAAUACAUGCAGCCUGACCGUAUGUCUGCACUAUCAUACCCUACAAUUCCCACUGAUUUUAGUACAACAGUCGUAUCGUUUGAGCCAAAAUUGGCCAAUUUGGAAGUUCCCUCCCACGCUCCUGUUCCUGCGCCUGAUCUAAGUGACCUCGACAAUUUCAAUUUGUUCAACGCGAUAUCUGCAAUCCCUCCCAAUUAUUCUGGCGAGGCAGUUGGAGUCUCUACGACAAUUGACACCACCUUCCAGGCGCCAGUAGACCUCAUUGACCUUGCUCCUUUAGACCCUUUCAGCUGGACGGAUCUUUUAAACUCCUCGGAACAACCCUUCCUGUCCGACAUCAAUCAAUUCUCGAUACCAUCGUCUUACAAUGAAUUCUCACAGCUAUUACCAGAGAUCGAUCUCUCUGCGCUCCAGCUCCCCCCGUUGUCAUACGCUCCUCCACAACCACAGCCUUCCUCACCUGCAGAUGGUGCUCGCUUGGCGAAGCUGGAGCAACUCCAGCUUCUAAGGGAACAAACACGGAUACUGGAGCAGGAUCUAGCAGUGUCUGUGUAA